UUUUUAACGGCUCGGAUUUUCUAUAGAAAUGACAAAUGGCGGAAAAAAGUCGUUGUAUCUGGAAAUUCACAUACAAACGUUGGAUGUGAAAUGAAAUAAAUUUCAUCUGGUUGGAGGAGCUCUUAUUUCUGUAUUUUCUCUCUGUUCUGUCUUUUUCUUGCCUUUUGUUUACAGUCACCAAAUCGAAGAAUGGAAGAGAUAGAGAUACGAGAUGUCAUUUAUAUCUACAAACCCUCGAGAGCUUCAGAUGUAAGAUCAUGGCCCAGCGAAAAUUAGGGUUUCUGGUGUCUUUCCUUCCUUAGAAAGUGAAUCUACCGCCGAGGUUCCUGAAACUGUCUACAGCCAAGGUUCCUGAACCUGUGUUCUGUGUAUUGUUAAGCUACACAAGCCUCAGAAGCCAUUACAUUCUUACCAAAAAGGCAGUUGUAGAUUAGCAAUUCAUUUAUCAUUGUACUUUAUUCCAUGCAAGAUGGAAGAUUUUUUAAGAUAUCGUGAAGGGAAAUAGGUAGGGUGCGAGAAGCAGUUGGGAUAUUGCAAUGUGACACUGGCCUUUGUCUGCAUGGACUGUAACUGAUAUCAGUGAAUUUGGUGGGGAAGGAGGCCCUCCUUACUUCAAUGGAAAAAGGGGAACUGCUGUUUCACAGCCGCCUCUCUACUUAUACCUUUUGCGCAUCUUAAUCACGAACUAAGACAGAAUUGCAUAGAUAGGAGAGACAACAUGGUUCCAGGAAGCAGCAUUUGUGAGGAAGCUCCCGAAUCUCUGGCUGCAGAUCAUCAAUUAUGCACUGCAAGCAAGGAGUUGGGAAAUUUUCAACUCACAAAACAUAGCAUUGCUCCUAGUGUUAAAGCAGGAGUAUCUUCCACUAACGGCGUGCAUGAGCUUCUUGAGUGCCCAGUAUGUACAAACUCAAUGUACCCUCCCAUUCAUCAGUGCCCAAAUGGUCACACGCUAUGCUCAAGCUGCAAGCUCAGAGUGCAGAAUCACUGCCCUACUUGUCGAUAUGAAAUGGGUAACAUAAGAUGUUUAGCUCUCGAGAAAGUGGCAGAGUCUCUUGAACUUCCCUGUAGAUAUCAGGACCUUGGAUGCACUGACAUAUUUCCAUAUUACAUCAAAUUGAAACAUGAGCAGCAGUGCAGGUUCAGGCCCUAUAAUUGUCCUUAUGCAGGUUCUGAGUGCCUGGUUACUGGUGAUAUUCCAUCGCUUGUAGCUCACCUUAAAAAUGGCCACAAGGUGGACAUGCAUGAUGGAUGCACAUUCAAUCAUCGUUAUGUGAAGUCCAACCCACAUGAGGUCGAGAAUGCGACAUGGAUGCUCACUGUUUUCAACUGUUCUGGGCAAUACUUCUGCCUUCACUUCGAGGCAUUCCUGUUGGGGAUGGCACCUGUUUAUAUGGCAUUCUUGAGAUUCAUGGGUGAGGAUGAUGAGGCGAAGAACUUCUGUUACAGCCUUGAAGUGGGCGGCAACGGCCGGAAACUGAUAUGGCAGGGGAUACCGAGGAGCAUAAGGGACAGCCACAGGAAGGUUAGGGAUAGCUACGAUGGUCUGGUGAUUCACCGCAAUAUGGCGCUCUUCUUCUCCGGAGGCAAUAGGCAGGAGCUGAAGCUGCGAGUGAUGGGCCGCAUCUGGAAAGAACAGUAAUUGUAAAAUAUGUAUCUGUUGAUUGUAUGAUGUUACUCACAUACAACUGCCUUGCUCUUUUCCACUUUCACUGUGAAGAGGACUUGGAGAUGUGGUGAUGCCUGCCUAGAGAUCUGUAAAUGAUCAGUACUUUGCUUGUUA